CCCAGUCUCCACCCGGCUCCCCGCGCCCGGUGCAGGUUGCGGAGACUCCCUUCCCCGGGGGAGGGGGCUCCGCCGCCCGAGGUGACCCCUCCGCCUCCACCUCGGUGAGAGCGGGGCUGGGAGGGCGCCUGGAUCCCGAGACCCGCGCGGGUGGCCAGCUGGCAGGAGGGGACGGGGUCAAAGGUGGAAGGCUACGGGCUGGCAGGGAGAGGAGGCCUGGACCCGGGUUCGGAAAGAGGAAGGACAUCGUCUGUGCGGGACCGUGAGCAGGAUGGACACCCGGCCCGGGCGGGUGGUUGCAGCCGCAGGGAGGGCUGCUGAGAGCGGGCAGCUCAAUUUCUGGAUCCCAGGCGGGACCGAGUCAGGUCGAGCGCAGGGCUCCUGGCCAGAAGCUGGAGGGGACUUGGCCAACAAGACCAAGAAACGACUCAGCUGAGCUUUGUAGCUCUGAGACAGAAAAUGUCUGCGGAUGGUGGAGGCGUCCGUGCUACCCAGGACAAGGAGAGAGCCCAAGAGACUCCAGGUCAUGGGCAUUCUUGUCAAGAAAUGCUUUCCGAGUCAGAGGGGACAGUGCUGUUGGGAGCCGCUCAGGAGUCACCCCACAUCAAGAUGGAGCCGGAAGAGCCGCACCCUGAGGGGGCAUCACAGGAGGCCAGAGCUCAAGGAGUACGGGGCUGGGUGCCCCUAAGCCAGGGCUCUAAGGAGAAAGCGCAUUUCCUGCCUGGUGGAGCCCUCCCCUCCCCCCAGAUCCCUGUGCUCUCUCACGAGGGGAGGACCAGAGACCGGCGGAUGGCUGCGGCGCUCCUCACUGCCUGGUCCCAGAUGCCAGUGACCUUUGAGGACGUGGCUGUGUACCUCUCCCGGGAGGAGUGGGGGCGGCUGGACCACACACAGCAGAGCUUCUACAGGGAUAUCCUGCAGAAGAGGAAUGGGCUGUCCUUGGCAGGGUUUCCCUUCAGCAGGCCUUUCUGGGCCUCUCAAGUGCAGGGCAGGGGCGAGGCCUCAGGAUCCUGCCAGCAGAUGGGAGAUGAGGAGGAGGAGAAGAGAGGAGCCGUGGAGGUGGGCAAGGAGGAGCUAGCCCCGUCCCUGGGAGCCCCUGGGGAUAUGAAGUCCUUCAAAAGCAGGGUGGGGAGAGCCCAGGGGGACGCCCCACGGUGUGGGCAGCGAGCGGCCGGCGGCCAGAGCUCAGGGCCAGCCAAGGACGAUGUGCAGCCGGGUCCUGCGGUGGAGGCACAGUCGGAACCAGCCCCGCCUGACAUCGGCAUCCCGAAAGCCCAGGAGGGCCGCUUCCCAGAGCAACCCAGAGAGGGGGAGACGACCGCCCCUGAGAGCAGCGAGGAGGGCCUGGCCCCUGACGGCGACGCCGGCAAGAAGACCUACAAGUGCGAGCAGUGCGGCAAGGCCUUCAGCUGGCACUCGCACUUGGUGACGCACCGGCGCACGCACACGGGCGAGAAGCCCUACGCCUGCACGGACUGCGGCAAGCGCUUCGGCCGCAGCUCGCACCUCAUCCAGCACCAGAUCAUCCACACCGGCGAGAAGCCCUACACCUGCCCGUCCUGCUGGAAGAGCUUUAGCCACCACUCGACGCUGAUCCAGCACCAGCGCAUCCACACAGGUGAGAAGCCCUACGUGUGCGACCGCUGCGCCAAGCGCUUCACCCGCCGCUCGGACUUGGUCACCCACCAGGGCACCCACACGGGCGCCAAGCCGCACAAAUGCCCCAUCUGCGGCAAGUGCUUCACGCAGAGCUCAGCCCUGGUCACCCACCAGCGCACACACACCGGGGUCAAGCCCUACCCGUGCCCUGAGUGCGGCAAGUGCUUCAGCCAGCGCUCCAACCUCAUCGCCCACAACCGCACGCACACCGGCGAGAAGCCCUACCACUGCCUCGACUGCGGCAAGAGCUUCAGCCACAGCUCGCACCUCACUGCCCAUCAGCGCACCCACCGCGGUGUCCGGCCCUACUCCUGCCCCCUGUGCGGCAAGAGCUUCAGCCGGCGCUCCAACCUGCACCGGCACGAGAAGAUCCACACGGCGGGGCCCAAGGCCCUGGCCAUGCUGAUGCUGGGGGCAGCCGGGGCUCUGGCGGCGCCCCCUCCGGCCCCCACCUAGGAGGCUGAGAGACAGGGGCCUGCCCGGAGACAGGGAAGGAGGGGGAUUGGAGCGGCGGCAGCUGCUGCGGGGGUGUGACCUGGGAGGCCCAGGAAGGGAGUUGGGGAGGUGCUGGCAUGGGGGUGGGGCGCGGCAACACGGGAGCUCGGGUGAGGAGCAGGCAUGCUCACUGCAAAUUAAAGGCCUUGGAAUUCGUGCGACAGUCUGUAGCGCUGUCUCGUGGGGCCCUGGAGGCUGACCCCGGACUUGGCAGGGGGAAGUGGGGGCUCCGGGGUCAACGCAGUGUCUCCUCACUCAGCCAUCCCUAUGUCAUCCCUCUGGGGGCUUGGGCACCUUCCUCCCCAGCCAUCACCUGGCUUGGACCCAUUCCAGAGCCUAUAGCAAAGGCUUCUGAGCACAAAGGUUUGCAUACCUGAAGUCAGCUGGCCACUUCUGAAAUUGUGGACCCGGUGGGGUGGUCUGCUGCUGUGGUCACUUGUCCCAGGCAUUGCCCACUGAGCUCUGGACCCUCCCUGGGCUCUUCUCUUUGGGAGCCGGGAGGAGGGCCGAGCCAGCAUGGAAAUUCAUGCUCAGUGUCUCCUGCCUUCCCUGUCUCCUGUCUCAGGCACUGGUGCCUGCAUUUUGUGACUGGAUGUUUUCACCUGCGUCCCUGGGGACCCAGCUGUAAUCCAGUGAGGAUUUCUCACUUAACAGGGACCCUGCCCCUCCUGGUCCUUUCUGAGGCUGCUGCCAGCUCCCUCUCCUACUUCUCACCUCCUUGGUCUCUUUGCACAUGUCCUUUAUAAUUUGCCCUAUCCGCCCCUGCCUGGCUGUUUUACUCCUGGCCUUCUGGUUUUUUAGCUCUGAAGCUUCCCAUUCUCUACGUUUCCCCCCCUCCCCGGGGAGGGGUGAGCUCAGCUUGCUUAUUGUCCUAGGUUUGCAGCUCAGCUCUCACAAUUACAUUCAGUCUGACACCAAAUGACCUUGAGGACGUCUGCAUCAGGGAGGCUGUUGGGACCCCACCUGUCUCUGCAGAUCACAGGGCCAGCAGGGCAGUCGCAGCCCCGGUUAGCUCCCAGCCAAUAAGGGAUGAAAUGUCUUGAACAGGACAGCGGACUGAGAAUAGUAAUAAUAGCUGCCAGUGUCAGCUGCCCUGUCAGGCGUGGGGCCAAGCACCAUAUAUACGUUUCCUCAAUGCUCUACAAGUCUAAGCAGUGGGUUUCACCUCAGUUUUAUAGAGGAGGAAACAGACCAAGAAGUCCAAUAACUUGUCCAAAGUCAUUCAACCAGAGAGCUGGAAGCUGGGGCUCAGGUCCAGGGUUUUUAUUUGUUUGUUUGUUUGUUUACUUGGUUGCACUGGGUCUUAGUUGUGGCUCACUGGCUCCUUAGUUGCAGCACAUGGGCUCCUUAGUUGUGGCUGCAGGGCUUCUCAGUUGUGGCUCACUGGCUCCUUAGUUGUGGCAUGUGAACUCCCAGUUGCAGCAUGCAUGUGGGAUCUAGUUCCCUGACCAGGGAUCGAUCCUGGGACCCCUGCAUUGGGAGUACGGAGUCCUAUCCACUGUGCCACCAGGGAAGUCCCAGGAUAUUUAGGGAGUUCUAGACAAUGCUAUAAGACUAAGAAAAUAAUGAGUAUAAAUUCUGGAAAUGAAUAUAAAUUUUGUGGAAAG